AUGGAAGAACCCGGCCCUUCAAUAUUAUCAGAUACAAGGCUUCCUGAGUCUUUCAAUGGGACAACUUCGAUCUUCGAAGAGGAAGCUUUUCUAUCACCAGGAACAUUUUCCAGUGCGGAUGAGUACGCUGCUAAUCCACGGUUCUUGGAACUACAAGAAGAGCUACGAUGUGUACUAUUCAGUGCAGUCGCAAGCCUUGAACCAAGCAACCACACAUCACCGGUGACUUCAGCGCCCUUGGAGGGCCCUGCACCUCGAGCAUCACGACAAAGUCUAGAUUUCACCAGGGUAUCCAUCCCAAAAAUUCGACUGAUAUUUUAUCUCAAGAACUGGAUCACCGAGUGCGCUCCUUACCUAGACAAGUUCGACGAAGCUCGACACUUUGGUGUACAUAUCCCUAUUCUGGCACAACAAUCGCCAACCCUAUUCUAUGCUAUUCUGGCAUUUUCCGCCCGACAAACAGAACGGAAGGCAUGUCUCGAUAAAGCGUAUGAUAGCCUGGAACUCUACCAAGAAUCCAUUCGUCUUCUUGGUCCAGGUCUUCAGGCAAAAGAUCCUAAUGUCUUGGUUACUGUUUGCAUCCUCGCAGUCAUGGAACUCAUGUCUGUGAGCCCGCGCGAUUGGCGCCGACACGUCGAGGGCUGUGCGGCGCUUUUUGAGUCUUUCAAUGUCAACGGAUUAUCUGGUGGUCAUCUUCAAGCCGUGUUUUGGUGCUAUGCGCGUAUGGAACUCUGUGGUGCGAUCAUUUCCAAUGGCGCGGAAAGUACCGUACUUCCCCUGGAAAAGUGGGUGCCUUAUAUGCCUGAAACUGCCACCCCAAUAGAACGAGAUGCCAUGAUUCGUGAUCUCUUCUGUGAAAAAGGAGCCGUCUCACCAGACAUGCAUGCGAACUGGGCGGUAUACCUAUGUGCAAAGACUUGUGAUCUGUCCUGUCGACAAACUCGAUACCUUGAGCUGGGUGAGAUGAUAGAUGAUUCGCGUCCGUUCGCCGAAGAAUGGGUUUGUCUUUGGGAUGAGUUGCAGUUUUGGCUGGAGCAACGGCCGCCCGCAAUGCUACCGAUUAAGACUACGGGGAUAGGCGGGGGACAAAUCUUCCCUGAAAUACUUUUCGCACACUGGGCUGCGAUCUCUGGGAAUCAAUUGUAUCAUGCAGCGUGUGUGAUGAUGCUGGAUACGAAGCCUCCUGGAAAAAUCAUCCCUUUGGCCAACCCGCAUUACUCGUCUAUUUGGCAUGCGCGCCGCGUUUGUGGUAUUUCGCUUACGAACCCACACAGUGGCAAUUUGAUUAAUGCUAUUCAACCUCUUUACAUUGCCGGGAAGCUUCUGAGUCACCACAGUGAACAUAUUGAGGUUGCUAGGCUUUUUAAAAUUGUGGAAGAGACGACUGGAUGGGGUGCACUUUGGAGAUUGAAGGAUUUAGAGCGGGCGUGGGGUUAUGAACCUGGGGAGAUUCUAUCUGCGAUUUAG